CUACGAACUUUGCAUAUAAAUUUUUGCGAUAAGUUUAUGGGAUUUCCAUAUGUGGAAUACGUUGUCGUGGACAGACGGCGAAUUUAGUAACUGUUUAUUAAUGUAUUAAAAAGUCUGUAGUCGGUAGUGGUCCUUUGAGUUUUAAAAAUAUCUUUAACGACCUUUCCGCCUGUAAAAUAUUUGAUGAAAAUUGCGAAUUUUAUUUUUGAAUCUCGCCAAAGAACGUAUCGCGCGGAAGAAAGAAAAUAAAAGAAGAAACUGGUAUGGAAGAUAUCGAAAAAAGAAACUAAUGUUGGUAAUUGAAAAGGAAUUUUCCUACUACUUUCGCUGAAGAAGUAUAUUUUUUAAAGUAAAUUUCAAAUAUUAUGGAAAUCGAAAUGUGCUGAUUACUAAAAAAAAAAUAUAAAUAUAUAUGUUUUAAUUCAUAUUAACUCUUCUUAGGGGUGGUUUCAACUCAGUAUUUGGCUGUUUAAAUGGUUGUGAACGGUUGAGAAAAAGCGUGUAAUAAAGAGUAUGCUGUGAGCAGCGUAGAAUUAAUCUAAAUAUACUAAAUCUUACUAACAAGAGCUAUAUGAAAAUAAUGGAGACGCUAUGCAUGUAUUUCUAUUUUUAUUUAUGGCUGUAAUUGGAAAUGUUUGGGAGAGUAUUUGUAACUCAACACAUACACAGCCUGAAAAGUGUGUGAGAGUGUACAUGUGCAUUUGCGCCUGCAUUUGCGAAGAAUUAAAAUAAGAACGGCGACAAUUUCAAAGGAAUAUGUGGAAAAAUCGAAGUUUGAAAAAAAUGAUUGCUAUACACAUGUAUAGAAAGGAAAUUUAUGGAAAUUAUCCAAAAGUGAUACUAAUGUGAAAAUAGAAAAAAUUCAAUAUAUCAUAUUAUACGCAUUACGGAAUACGUGUUUAUACAAACAAAUUUGAAAACCUUCGGUUAGUUUUGUUUAUGUGUAAAUCAGGCUUAACGAAAAUUUUCCAAAGGGAAAUAUCGCAUCAUAUAUUUUCUUAAUAAUAUAAAGACUUACCUUUAUCUACGUAAGGAAAACUUUAACAAAUAAGUGGAGGCGAGAUGUUUAUAUUUCAGUUUCUUUUGCUGUUCUACACAAUUGUAGCAGCUUCAUCACCAGCCACUUGCAGCAACGCGUCCGUGUAUUUUAGUGGCUCUGAUUUCAUUUCAAGCCCUUCCAUUUACUCGUACACCAUAGAAAGCCAAACACCAUUUAAAAAAAAUUAUACUCAGAAAUUACAUGAUUAUAACGAGCAAUGGCGUACCGUACAGCACUAUAAUAAUCCAUAUCGCAACAAUAGACCAAAUGUAAAUAAAAAUCGUCAUUCAUCUAUAACGCCAAUUAUUCCGUUGGUUACAACAGGGAGAACGACGUCAGCGCGGCCAGAAGAAAUUAAUAACUGUGGUUUGGACGGACUAGCUGUUUAUAAAAUAGUGUUACAAACCUAUUGGACAAGGGAACUAUUUCCAAAACAUUAUCCAGAUUGGAGACCAACCGCGCAAUGGACAAAAACUGUUGGUUGCAGCCAUGACAGCUCUUACAUUUUAUAUCGCCUUGGUCGACUAGCUUCCGCGGGUGUUAAACAGUUCGCUGAAACUGGCAAAAGUGAUAUAUUCGACAACACUUCUGGUGAUCAGCAACAGCAGUUAAAAAAGUCGAUGCCAUCUCAAAACAUUGUUGCAAAUAAGUCUGGUUUCAGCGUUUUUGAUGAAUUCAACUUGCCUGCUAUAAUAACUGGAGCUGGACGCAGUGAAUCAAAAUUCUUUGUCGACAGCAACCACAGCUUGAUAUCUCUAAUGACGCGCGUUGUACCAUCGCCUGAUUGGUUUAUCGGAAUCGAUUCAUUCCAAUUGUGUUUGGGCGGUUCGUGGAUUGACAAGGUUACAAUUGAAAUGGAUCCUUUAGACGCUGGCAGCGACAAUGGUUUUACUUUUACGGCCCCCAACUGGCCAACAUCGCCACAAGGAGUUAUUUAUCGCAUUACCUCAAAGUAUCCCGCUCAUCCCGCUGGCAGUUUCUUUUACCCGACAAACAAGCGCUUACCACCAAUUGCAACAGUUCAGCUCAUGAAGCUUAAAGAAUAUGAAUUGAGUGAAGUGUUUCAUUUCGCUGAAGACGAUCGAAAGUACGAAGUUGUACACACGCAGACUCAUUUAGAAAUGGAGCAUAACCACGUAGAAAUGAACAACGAAUUGUCAGCGAGUAUAGAACAAGAGAGGCAGAAUGAAAUAGCAAAACAACCUACAUUCUUAACUGAAAAGGACCGAAUACGUUCGCAGCUCUUGGCGAAAAUGAAUCCCUUGAACGAUACGUUAUUCAACAAAUCUGCAGACGUUCCAAAGAACGAUAGAAAAGCUAUUAUACUUAAUAUAGCAAGCAGUUACGGAAAUUCUAAGUCGUUGCUGGCAUCAUCACCAUCAUUAACAGGCUAUCCAAGCAUUGUAAAACGACAUCGUGCAAAACGAGUACGAGAUUGUCGUGUCAGCCAUUGGUCUGAAUGGUCAGUCUGUAGCAAAACUUGCGGUGUAGGCGAAAUGCAUCGGUAUCGCAAAAUUAUUAAGCAUGGCAAGCGUGGUGGUCGUCCCUGCCCGCCACUCAUGCAAUCAAAAUGGUGUGGUGCGGAUAUAAGAUGCCAUUUACCUAAUGCGUAUUUUAAUUGGUCCAACUCAUGAAUGUUUGUAUAAAAUCUGUUUUGAAUGUUGUUAUUUUAACUUCCAUCACUAUCUCAUUGUUUAUGUUAUAAAUUGACGAAGUUAACCAAUUAACUCAGAAAAUCAACCUCGAACACACAAUUCCGAGUUGGAAAACAAUGGACAACUUGCAAAAGCAAAACUUAAAAGCGUAUUCUCUUAGUAUCAAACGUUAUGAAUUACAAUACGUAACUAAUGUAUGAGAUACACGAAAUGUAAUACAAACUAAAAAAAAAAAACUACGGGUGACUUACAGAAAUCUUUUCAAAGAUUAACAUGCUGAGCGAAAGCAAAUUUUACUUUCUUUUCGCAAGAACUAUAACAGAAAGCGCUGAAUAUACGCGUAUUUUUCGACUCAAUCUUACGCUAAUCAUUCUCUAUGAACCGAUUCCCCACAAACGGAGCUUGGAAUUGAUAUAGUACAUUCCUCAGUGAUGGGUAUAAAAGAAACUUAAAGUAACAUUCGAAAAGAUUUCACCAUUCUCGCCUCUGGAAUUAAUAUUUCCUUCACCUUAGGAUCUUAUGUUAACGUUUUUUUAAAUAUGAAAGAACAGAGCACUACAUUUUAUUAGAAGUGGGCGUCCUAACGUCCUAGUCCAAACAGGCCUAAAAGACGUUAAAUAGCGGCUUUUUUAAAAUUAACUGCAAUCAUGACUCUGUUGUAAUGACCAAAUGCCCUGCUGUACCUUUCCUCGCACUUCAAUCUUAUAACCAUCUCAAACGUCGAAUCCUUCUCUUAUUCAACAACGCACUAAGUUAAUUAAGAAAGCACCAAAUUAACUUAUGGCAUCUUCUUAAAAGAUAUUCAAAUAUCUGACGUUUUAUUUAGAAAAAGGAAACGGCGAUGGCAUGGGAUAGAAUGAACAAACUAGUAAAGACUUCCCACACUUAAUU